UGCACAUGUUAUAUGCAAAAUUUGAGUUCAUCAGCCUCUCUAUCUCAUACAUAAAUCUCUUCCAUCUCUUUCACUGUCAAAGCCAGAUGGGUGAAGGUUAUGAGACAGAAAAUGGCCCCGGGCUGCGGUGCGCGGCACGUCGGGGGAUCCAGUUUCGUCGGAGGCGACGAAUGCCGGUGGCGAGGCUCGGGGGACCGGGGUCAGGGUCGGGGCCGGGGCGGCUUGGUAGGAUGGUGAGGAAGAUAAGAGUGAGAUGGGUGAAACUUAGAUGCUUAGCCAUGGUGAAGAAGAUGAAGAAAUGGUACAGAAAGGUGCUGAAAGAUGUAAUAGAAGCACAAGCAGCUGUAGCAUAUCCCGAGUCAUAUCAACAUAGGGUUCUGUUGGAGACUUCUUUUGCCAUUCCAAUCCUGCCUCGCUCUCUUUCUACAUAUCCAGUUCCACCAAAUGCCUGAUCUGUGUACCAUCUUAAUGUAUCAAAUUUCUACUCCAUUUUAUUUUUAUUUUUCAUUUACGGUGCUUCGAAUCUCUUUGACCCACAUGAACGGGAAUAUAACUUAGUAGUAAUUGACAUCUACUCGUUUGAAUACUCAUACCUCAAUUUGUUGUACUAAAAAGACACCCUCCCAACCCACUUCUUAAGAAAAAUAAUAAUCACUCUCAAAUACUUUUAGUUUCGUCAA